CAGAGAACAAGAAAGGAGAAGAAGGGGCUGUGGUUUCAGCUAACUCCGAGCCCAAUUCGGGAGUGGGUGCUUCUUCAAUUCAUAAGAUGUCGGUGUUGAUCGUGACGAGCUUAGGGGACAUGGUGGUCGAUUUGCACACCCAAAAGUGCCCCUUGACCUGCAAGAAUUUCUUGAAGCUUUGCAAGAUUAAGUACUAUAAUGGGUGUCUAUUUCACACUGUUCAAAAGGAUUUUACUGCUCAGACUGGCGAUCCCACUGGAAGUGGGAGUGGUGGUGAUUCCAUCUACAAGUUUCUUUAUGGUGAACAAGCUCGGUUUUUCAGCGAUGAAAUUCAUAUUGAUCUGAAGCAUUCCAAGACUGGAACGGUUGCGAUGGCAAGUGCAGGAGAGAAUCUGAAUGCUUCACAGUUUUAUAUCAGUCUGCGUGAUGACCUUGAUUACCUAGACGGAAAGCACACAGUUUUUGGUGAGGUAGCUGAAGGAUUUGAGACUUUGACUAGAAUAAAUGAAGCUUAUGUGGAUGUGAAAAGCAGACCAUAUAAAAAUAUCCGAAUCAAGCACACAUACAUUCUGGAGGAUCCUUUUGAUGAUCCUCCUCAACUAGCUGAGUUCAUUCCUGAAGCUUCACCAGAAGGAAAACCCAAAGAUGAGGUUGAUGAUGACGUGCGACUUGAAGAUGAUUGGGUGCCAAUGGAUGAACAAUUGGACCCAACAGAGCUUGAAGAGGUUAUUAGAUCAAAGGAAGCACAUUCUAGGGCAGUUGUACUUGAGAGUAUUGGGGAUAUUCCUGAUGCUGAUAUUAAGCCUCCAGACAAUGUACUAUUUGUCUGUAAAUUGAACCCUGUUACUGAGGAUGAUGACUUGCAUACAAUAUUUUCACGCUUUGGGACUGUAUCCUCGGCUGAAAUCAUCCGUGAUCAAAAGACUGGUGACAGUUUAUGCUAUGCUUUCAUAGAGUUUGAGGACAAACAGGCGUGUGAACAAGCAUAUUUUAAGAUGGAUAAUGCUUUGAUUGAUGAUCGAAGGAUACAUGUGGAUUUUAGUCAAAGUGUGGCAAAACUCUGGUCACAAUACAGGCGAAAAGAUCAAAGGGGUAAAGGUGGUGGUUGCUUCAAAUGUGGUUCUAUAGAUCAUAUUGCCAAGAAUUGCAAUGGAGAUGCUACAAUGAAACAACCUGCAAAAUACAUCUUGAAGGAUGAUAAUGCCCAACAUGGUGGAGAUAAUGCAAGAUACGAAAUGGUUUUUGAUGGAGACAAGACAGAAAGUUCAAGGCCAGAUGUAAAAUACCAUAGUCAUGACAGGGAUGAUCUAGUUGAGAAAAAGGAUAGGAAGGAAAAUUUUAAAGAUCAUAGAGGUCGUAGGGAUCAGGAGAUGGUAGGCUCAAACAGCAGAGAUAGGUAUGGUGAUAGAAGCAGAGGGAAUGGGAGAAAUGGAGAUGAUAAAGCGCGAUCUGAAAGAGAUACAAGAGAUUUGGAAGCUGACAAGAAAGACCGAGAGAAGUAUAUGGGAAGACAGAGAGAGGAUGACAACAGACGGAAAGACGAGCUAGACUCGAGAAAAAGAGACUUAGAUGAUAGAUACAUAGAAAGACAGGGUAGUCGAGAUUGUAGAAGAAAAACAGAUUCUAGCCAUUUGGAGAGAAGGAAUGACAGAGAUUAUAGGAAGAGAUCUGAAGACAGUGGAAGGCAAGAUGUGAAGAUUGAUUCCAGAAGAAGAAAAAGAAGCCCGGGUGAAGAUUACAAACAUGGAAGGGAGGGUGAAGAUUACAGACAUGGAAGGGAAGAACGUGGACAUAGAAGACAAGAUACUGAAUCUGAUGACUACCCUCGUAGGAGGCAUCAUGGUGAAAGGAGAUGAUUAUUGAUGUCACUGUAUCCUAAUCCUAAGCUCAGAACGUUUUUCAAUGAAACUAUAGUCCAUGAGAAAACGGACUUUUCUUUGAACGGCUAUCAUGGAUGUCCCUUUUGCUUCAUUUUUUCCGGUGGGGCAAAGUACAACACUUGUUUAUGAUGAAUGCAGACUGAUACGGCUUUAGACCAUUUUGCUACUCAAUUUUAAAGUUGUCUGAGGGCUAGUUACUGUUAUUAAUCUUUAAAUGCACAUGUAUUCAAAUGCGAUAUGAAAAAUUAAUUAAAUUUUGAUAAUCAU